AUGCAGCUGCCAGAACCCUUCCACGCACAUCGACUGCGACGAGCUCCUUACCCAGAGCCCUACGGUAGCGGCGGACAGCUCAUCGUCGUGGGUUAUCGCCACCGCGGUGGGCGCGUCGUUGUUCAUCAUUCUCGCGGCGACGCUGGUGGGCCUGUGGCGACGCAGAAAGGCAGGGGCCGGGGGCGACGGCGGUAACGGGGGAUGGGCUAAUGAAGGCGACGGGGAGAUGUCCGGGAUAGGGUUAGGUGGCACCGGUUGAAGGCGGGGAUGAGGAGGGCAGGGGCCGCCGGCAUGCAACGAGAGAGAUAGCGGCGCGUUCCGUUUCUGUGACGGCGGGGGGCAGCCGGAAUUUUAGCCAGCAUUAGGCGCCAAAGGGUCAAAUUUAUUGAGGCAGGCAGCACGGACUCUUUUAAACACUCAAUCUGCGCGCACACAGGGGCUACGUGGUGGAGGUUUGGGGGGGGAGGGGCAUACUGCGUGUUUCAUCGUCAGACAUAUAUACCUUUGUUAUCGCCACAUGGAGGGUGAGAGGAAUUUGCUGUGUGCUCCACGCUCGCCCCAUUGCCACGCCGAGCUUGCAUGGACCCUUGUAUUUCCAGAUUGACCGCGUUGCGGGACGCGCCUUGUACCCUAGAUCUCGUCACUUUCUCUCUCCUUCCCGUGUUGCGUACACCAAGCGACUCAUAAUUGUAGUACGAUAACGUUCAGGUUCUUCAGGCGAGGCUCUUGCAAUAGCGAUAAAUACAUAGAGAGGCGAGGUCAUUAUGGUCGUCCCCAUUUUUCUUGGGGUUCGGAAUUUUUUUUCUCGCCGUCCUCUUCCCAGGCGUUUGUUUUUUGCUUCAACAAAAUAGAUUAUCACUACCAACCCGGUCCUACCUGGUAGUUUGAAGCUGACUAGCGAGUUACGAUAUCGGCGUACACUGGUGGACUUUUGAGCAGGUAGACAUUAUCAGACCUCAUUGUUUGUUUUUCUUUGGUGAGAUUUAUUCCUUUCGUAAGCACCAUCCGGGAAUGAGAUCGUGACUG